CCGAGAAUUUCACGAGACAGGCGGAACGUGAGUGAGUAUAUAUAUAGGGGAAGUGUUGUCGGGAGCCACUCUCCUCCACCAUGACGAACACUGUGCUGUUUGCCCUGACUCUGUGUCUGGCCGUGUGCUACACCUCGGCUUUCCUCUUCACCAACAAUUGUGGGUCGGGCUGCCGAGCUGGAUCUUGUGCGGGGCAGUUUGGAUGUACGCGGUGUCAAGGUGACCUGUGUGUGAAGCGCAUUAACAGGUUUGGUGUGUGUGUCCCAUACUGUGGACUCGGGGCAUUCUGCAACCCAGUUGGCUUCUGUAACGACUGUGACGAUUCCAACUGUGAAAUAUGUCCCUCCAAGUAUCAGUGUGAUCGCUGUAGGAGGGGGUACAGGGUAGAGGGAGGAGGCUACUGUGUUCGGGAGCGCCGACGGUGAACGCCACGCCCACCUCCGUCCAGACCCUCAGGUCUACCCUGUAUGAUGGGAGAUCGUGAUGUAUGCAUAUUUCAUGCUGUCACCUGUCUCUCUGGAUUGUAACGUUACCAGCUGACUCAAGCUGAAAUUUGUGCCAACUCUAUCUGUUUUUAUUUGUGUAUACGUUGUUAAUAAAUGUUUUAUAUUCA